AUGUCGGGCCUAGAAUCAUCAGUGGCAAUGCAUCGGUUAAAUAUUUCCAAAGAUAAGAGAUCAAUUAAGCAAGCGCAACGGAGGUUCCAUCCAGAGAUGGUUCCUCUGAUUGAAGAAGAAGCGAGCAAACUCAUCAAAGUUGGGUUCAUCAAGGAAGUCAAAAAGAAGCAACUGAAGAUGAAUCCAUCUAAAUGUACAUUCAGAAUUUUGUCAGGGAAGUUUCUCGAUUUUGUUGUUAGACAUCGAGGAAUUGAAAUCGACCUAGGAAAGAUCAAAGCUAUACAAGAAAUGCCGCUCCCAAAGACACUGAAGGAAUUAAAAAGUUUACAAGGAAAGCCGAUGCUAUCUGAGAGAUUGGCCAAGCAGAUGCUUUUACUGUCAGAAUAUGAAAUAACAUAUGAACUGGCAAGAGCAAUAAAAGGACAAGCAGUGGGAGAUUUCUUGGCAGCCCAUUCCAUAUCGGAUAUCAAAAUGAUAAACGAUGAUGUAUCAGAUGAACAGGUGAUGAUGACAGAAUUGCGCGGCUUGUGGCAGAUGUAUUUUGAUGGUGCUUCCAGAACUUCAAGAACUAGUGCUGGGCAUGUUGAAGUCAAACACAUACCCAGAUCAGAGGAUGCAAGAGCAGAUGCUUUGACCAGUCUGCCUGCAGCCUUAGCUUGUUCUAAUCGGAGCCCUUUACAAGUAACAAUUGAAGAAAGAAGGUUCUUAUUGCUUACUGAUGAUGUCGAGAUGGCUAAGUGGAUUGAAGCUAUUGCGCUGAGAAGUGUUAAAGAGAGGGAUGUCGUGAAUUUCAUACAACAUGCAAUAAUAUACCGCUACAGUAUUCUGAAAAAUAUUGUCACUGAUAAUGGGACACCGUUCAAGAAUAAGGGAAUGAAAAGAUUGUGCUGGAAAUAUGAUAUUCAGCAUUCGUUCUUAACGCCCUACUAUCCACCAGCUAAUGGGUUAGCUGAAGCGUUUAACAAAACAAUUGUGAAAAUAUUGAAGAAAACUGUUGCAGGGAACAAACGUGAUUGGGACGAGAAGUUGCAAGAAGCUUUAUGGGCUUAUAGAACCACUCAUCGUACUACCACGAAGGUGACACUAUACUCUCUAGUCUACGGGGUUGAAGCUAAUAUGCCUAUAGGGAUGUAA